CCUGCCCCAUCUCAAAUGCAUCAAGACCUCGCUUUCUCUCUCAUCAUCCUCUCCCCCCCUCUCUCUCUCUCUAAACUCCUUCGACUUUCGUUUUGGCGGCCAUGGACUUCUCAAACCGACCCUGCAACUCUUCGCCGCACAUUGACGAAGACUCGGAGCUUCGCAGAGGGCCAUGGACCGUGGAGGAAGACAUGAUCCUUGUCAAUUACAUUGCUAACCAUGGCGAAGGACGAUGGAAUUCUCUUGCCCGAUGUGCAGGCCUAAAACGAACUGGUAAAAGCUGUCGAUUGAGAUGGCUCAAUUACUUGCGACCCGACGUGAGGCGCGGAAACAUCACUCCUGAAGAACAACUCAUGAUCCUCGAGCUCCAUUCUCGUUGGGGAAACAGAUGGUCCAAAAUCGCCCAACAUUUACCAGGGAGGACAGACAACGAGAUUAAAAACUACUGGAGAACCAGGGUCCAGAAGCACGCAAAGCAGCUCCAAUGCGACGUUAACAGCAAACAAUUCCAGGACACCAUGCGUUAUAUCUGGAUGCCUCGCCUCCUGGAGCGAAUUCGCGCUGGCCACCGUCCAUCGGAAGUAUCGACGGCCCCCAGCAACAACAAUCCCGUAUUCUACCAUGCUCCCGAGAUCACCCAGAUAUCCAAUUCAAUGCCCUCUUACGAAAGUUGCACCAGUGUUUCAUCCUCGGACGAAAGCCCCCAUGUUUCGGCGAUUUCGGAUUUAACGGAUUAUUUUUUCAACGAUAUUUCGGCUGCACAUCUGUACGGAGCCGAAACUCAGACCACGUCUCCUGUUUACGUUAAUCAGGGUUCGGACCUUGAGCAUACGGGCUGGGUUUGUGGGCCUGGAGAAAUCACCGAUAAUUUGUGGAAUAUUGAGGACAAUAAUACUUGGUUUUGGCAGCACCAACAAUAAUACUUGGUUUUGGCAACAGUUUGUAGACAGAGAGAAAGAGGCUCUUGUGGGAAGGGAGUGUGUUUCAAGUGUAGAGAGAGUGUUCAAGUGUAGAGAGAGAGAGCGAGAUGAUUACUUUGUAAUUUUCCAUUUCCACACUUUUUUUUUUUUUUUCUUAUGUUACUGAUGGGAUUCUUUGCAUUGUAGCUUACAUGUUAAUCGUUGCAAUUGGAAAAUUUUAGUGGGUUAAUUGUAUUGAUUCUC